GCUUUAGUUCCAGGUACCGCCACUGGGGGCGGCCGCGGCCUCCCCAGCGGCAACGGCCACGAAGUUGCGCGGCCCUGGUUUCCAGCCGGGCCCCUUUCGCGGCCGGGCCCCAGCAUGGCUGCCCCCACGGGUGAGGGCCUGGCAGCUGCUGCGCCCUCGCUUUCUUGACAUUCCCUGGCUUCUGUGCUCUCUUCCCCAGGCCACCCCAGCAGACAUGUUUGCCAAGGCCUUUCGGGUCAAGUCCAACACGGCCAUCAAGGGGUCGGACAGGAGAAAGCUUCGAGCUGAUGUGACAACUGCUUUCCCCACCCUUGGAACUGAUCAAGUCUCUGAGUUAGUACCUGGAAAGGAGGAGCUCAACAUUGUGAAGUUGUAUGCUCACAAAGGGGAUGCAGUGACUGUGUACGUGAGUGGUGGUAACCCCAUCCUCUUUGAACUGGAGAAAAAUCUGUAUCCAACAGUGUACACGCUGUGGUCCUAUCCUGAUCUUCUGCCAACCUUUACAACAUGGCCUCUGGUGCUCGAGAAAAUGGUAGGGGGAGCAGAUUUGAUGCUGCCUGGACUAGUGAUGCCCCCUGCUGGUCUGCCUCAGGUACAGAAGGGCGACCUCUGUGCCAUUUCUUUGGUGGGGAACAGAGCCCCUGUAGCCAUUGGAGUUGCAGCCAUGUCCACAGCUGAGAUGCUCACAUCAGGCCUGAAGGGAAGGGGCUUCUCUGUGCUCCACACUUACCAGGACCACUUGUGGCGGUCUGGAAACAAGUCCUCUCCACCUUCCAUUGCUCCACUGGCCCUGGAUUCAGCAGAUCUCAGUGAAGAGAAGGGGUCUGUCCAGAUGGACUCCACCCUGCAGAGAGACAUGAGGCACAUGACCCUGGAGGGGGAAGAGGAGAAUGGGGAGGUUCACCAGGCACGUGAAGACAAGUCUCUCUCAGAAGCCCCUGAAGACACCAGCACCAGGGGCCUGAACCAAGACUCCGCAGAUAGCAAAACGCUUCAAGAACAAAUGGAUGAGCUGUUACAGCAAUGCUUCUUAUAUGCCUUGAAGUGCCGAGUCAAAAAGGCUGACCUCCCUUUACUCACCAGCACUUUCCUUGGCAGCCACAUGUUCUCCUGCUGCCCCGAAGGACGACAACUGGACAUAAAGAAGUCAAGCUACAAAAAGCUCUCUAAGUUCCUGCAGCAAAUGCAGCAGGAGCAGAUUAUACAGGUGAAGGAGCUGAGCAAAGGGGUGGAGAGCAUUGUGGCUGUGGACUGGAAACACCCGAGGAUUACAUCUUUCGUCAUACCCGAGCCCUCCCCGACCUCCCAGACUAUCCAGGAGGGUAGCAGGGAACAGCCCUAUCACCCUCCAGAUAUAAAACCCCUCUACUGUGUCCCAGCCAGCAUGACCCUGCUCUUCCAGGAGUCUGGCCACAAGAAGGGGAGCUUUCUGGAGGGCAGUGAGGUCCGAAUGAUCGUCAUUAACUACGCCAAGAAAAAUGACCUGGUUGAUGCAGACAACAAAAAUCUUGUGAAAUUGGAUCCCAUCCUAUGUGACUGCAUCUUAGAGAAAAAUGAACAGCAUACAGUCAUGAAGCUUCCAUGGGACAGUCUUCUGACCAGGUGUUUGGAAAAAUUACAGCCUGCCUAUCAAGUGACCUUUCCCGGACAAGAGCCCAUCGUGAAGAAAGGGAGAAUCUGUCCAAUUGACAUCACCCUAGCACAAAGAGCGUCCAAUAAAAAGGUGACCGUGGUCCGGAACUUGGAGGCCUAUGGUCUGGACCCAUACUCAGUGGCUGCCAUCCUUCAGCAGCGAUGCCAGGCUAGCACCACCGUCACUCCUGCCCCUGGGGCCAAGGACAGCCUUCAGGUGCAGAUCCAGGGAAACCAGGUCCACCACCUCGGCUGGCUAUUGCUUGAAGAGUAUCAGCUCCCUCGAAAACACAUCCAAGGUCUAGAAAAGGCCCCCAAACCUGGCAAGAAGAAGUGACAGACUCUUUUGUCUCACGUGGUGGAUCCGGUGGAAAUCCAAGCUCUGGGCUGGUAAUUUUUAUGAGCAUUUUCAGCUUUUGCAAAUACAAAAUAUAAUUCUUUACAAAAAUAAAUUUUUAUUCUAAUCUAAA